UCAUUGUUCACCAAUAUACCGAAGCAUUUAGUUUUGCAAAUCAUAAAAGAGAACUGGUCACAUAUAUCAGCCUACACAGAAUUAAAUAAAACUAUGUUAUGUAGGAUUAUAGAUUUUAUUUUCGAAUCGAGUUACUUUGUGUUUAGUGGACAAAUAUUUUUACAAAUUGAGGGCUCUGCGAUGGGUAACCCAGCGAGUCCUACUUUAGCAAACAUAGUGAUGAAUUACCUUAUUUCUAAAUGCGUUAAAAAACUUUCAUUUGUGAUACCAGUGUUGAAGUUAUACGUAGAUGACACGUUCAUAGCUGUUCCAAAUGACAAAAUUGAUGAAUUUCUCGAGACAUUCAAUGCUUUCCAUCCACGCAUUCAAUUCACUUUAGAAAAGGAAGUAGAUAAUUCAAUAGCAUUUUUAGAUGUCCAGCUUAUCAGAAAAAACGAUGGAACAAUCUUGACCAAUUGGCAUACCAAAGCAACUGCGUCCAACCGAGUUCUCAAUUACUUUUCACACCACCCACAAAUCCACAAAAACAAUACCAUAAAGAACCUAUGUUUUAGAUGUUACAGUCUCAGCAGUAGAGAAUUUUGGCCAGUGAAUGAAUUGAAAAUAAAAAAUAUUCUAAGAAAGAACAAUUACCCCAGAAAGCUAAUAAAUAAAAUUAUGCAUUCCUAUAAACACAAAUUUGUUGAGACCACAAGAAUUAAUACAGAAAGGAGGGAAAAAGAUGGAAUCAUCUAUUAUAAAUUUCCAUACAUUGAAGGUUUAUCAGAAAAAGUUGGUAAUUUGAUAAAAAAUCAAGCAUCUAACAUCAAGCUUGCUUUCUAUCCACUCACAAAACUAGAGAACAUAUACACAAAAUUAAAAGACUCUGUUCCGAAAUUAAUGACAUCUAAUUUGGUUUACCAAAUUCCUUGUAAAGAUUGCAACCUAUCGUAUGUGGGCAUGACUAAACAGUACCUAAAAAAUCGUAUACGUCAACAUAAGUACGAUUGCCAGGGAAAGAAUAUAGACAAAAAUGAGAAAACCGCUCUAGCUGUGCACCACUUCCAAGAAAAUCAUAAUUUGGACUUUGAUGAAGUGAAAAUUUUAGAUAAAGAAUGCAAUUAUCAUAAAAGAUGUAUCAGUGAAAUGAUACACAUUUCCAUACAUGACACAAUGAAUAUUAGAACAGAUACUCAAAAAUUAAGUAUAAUUUACAACAAUUUAUUAAGAGAAAUCAAAUAAAUAUAAUGAAUUCGUGUCGGUAAGAAUAUCAUCAGAACAUGUUUGAAAAUCCAAUGAUAACAUAUUUAUACUCGAAUACAAAACACCAGUAUCAUAUCAGCUAAGCAAAGAGAACAACCGCAUAAGUUUCGUGGCAAAAACCAACUAUUAAAAAUAAGAUUAUUGACGAAAUAGAAAACCUCAACAUAGGUCUAAUGGAAUUCAACAACUCCACCCGCAUCGUAAUACAUAUGACUAAAUUGUCCUGAAGAAGAUCCCAAAUAGGAUCGAAACGUUGACAGUUGAAACUGAGUGUAUUAUUCACCCUAUUAGCAGUCCUGAAGCCAAGAUCCCUAUUUCCUGAGUUGAAUGCAAGGACGAGAUUUGUUGGAUAUGGAAGUUGAUACCGGCUUUUUUCAUAACAUCACCACAGAAUACGGGUAUGAUGUUGUUGGGUUGUUGAAAUCUUGG